CCAAAGUAGACAUCAAUGUCUGCAAAUGCAGUAAUGGCAGUUAAAGAACUUAGAGUUUCUUCGCUUACAACAACCUCACUUGCUUGUCACAAUUCACGUUCAUCCAUGUUUCAACCACGGAACUUGUCGUUAAAAACAUCAAGACCACCGAUGAUAUAUAACAAUCUGUCGAUCAAGUCCAUUGCUUUCCGUGACAAGGUUCCUAGUCAAACUGAUCCUAGUACAAGAAAUUUGGAGCAAGUUAAAAGAAGAAGCCAAGAGUUAUUGCUAAAUUCAAGGGAUCCAAUUAAAACAUUGAAGAUAAUUGACAACAUCCAAAGGUUAGGAAUUGGACACCAUUUCGAAGAAGAGAUCAACGUACAACUUGGAAGGGUAGGGGAUUGGGACGUCACUCAAGACCUCUUAGCCACAGCCCUUCAAUUUCGCCUGCUGAGGCAUAACGGCUGGCCUGCUAGAUCUGAUGCUUUCAAGAAAUUUUUAGACAACACUGGAAAUUUCCAGGAAUCAAUCACCAAUGACAUUCGGGCCAUGUUAAGUUUAUAUGAGGCAUCAUAUUUAGGUGCGAAAGGAGAAGAAAUAUUACAGCAGGCCAUGGACUUCUCCACGGCUCAUUUGCACCAAUCACUGCCACACCUAAGUCCUGAACUAGGAAGGAUUGUUGCCAGAUCCUUAACACUUCCAAGGCACUUAAGAAUGGCUAGGUUAGAAGCUAAAAACUACAUGGAAGAAUAUAGUCAAGCAAGUAGCCAAAUACCAUCUCUUUUGGAAUUGGCAAAGUUGGACCAUGUCAUGGUUCAGAUGAUGCACCAAAAAGAAUUAGCGGAGAUCUCCGGGUGGUGGAAAAAGUUGGGACUUGUUGAAAGACUUGGUUUCGCUAGAGACAGACCGGAAGAGUGCUUCUUAUGGACAGUGGGAGUUUUUCCAGAACCUUAUUAUUCAACUUGUCGCAUUGAACUUACAAAGACCAUAUGCAUUUUGCUAGUUAUGGAUGAUAUCUUUGACACUUAUGGCACAUUAGAUGAACUUAUUCUUUUUACCAAGGCAAUCAAGAGGUGGGAUCUUGAUGCAAUGGAACAGUUGCCUGAAUAUAUGAAGAUAUGCUAUAUUGCGUUGUAUAAUACCACGCAUGAAAUUGCAAAUAAAAUUGAGAAAGCGCACGGAGAAAGCGUUGUUGCUUGCUUGAAAAGAACAUGGACUGACAUAUUUGAAGCUUUUCUAAAAGAAGCCAAAUGGUUCAACAACAAAUACAUUCCAACUUUUAGGGAAUAUUUGGAUAAUGGAGUGAUUUCUUCGGGAUCAUACAUGGCCAUGGUGCAUGCAACUUUCCUCGUUGGUGAUGGCCUCUCAAAGGAAACCAUUUCCAUGAUGAAGCCAUAUCCAAGGCUUUUCUCUUGCUCUGGGGAAAUUCUUAGACUUUGGGACGACUUAGGAACUUCAAGGGAGGAACAAGAAAGAGGAGAUAAUGCUUGCAGCAUACAAUGUUUCAUGACAGAAAAUAACAUUUCAGAUGAAAAUGUAGCCAGGAAACAUAUAAGAGAACUCAUAAGGAACUUAUGGCCGGAGCUAAACGGUCUUGCUAUGACCACAAGUGCUCUACCAUUAUCAGUUAUGAAGGCUUCUCUUAACAUGGCUAGAACUGCUCAAGUUAUUUAUCAACAUGGAGAUGAGCAAAACGCAUUUACAGUUGAUGAUUAUGUAAAAACAUUGCUCUUUACCCAACACUGA